AUGGCCCCCCAGACCUCGAUUCCUGUCUCGGCAGACGUCCUCGGUACCAUAGGGACCAUCCUCUGGUGUGUUCAGCUCGUCCCGCAGAUCUGGACCAACUGGCGCACCAAAUCAACCGACGGUCUCCCGAGCAGCAUGAUGUUCCUGUGGGCACUGUGCGGCGUCCCUUUUGGCGUCUACAGCAUCUGGAGGGUCUGGACAGCUGCGCUGCUUGGUGUCGGAACGGGGCUGGUGUUUGGUGGUGUGGAGGCGGCGCUCAUCCUCACUAUACAGCCGAUCUAUCUCGCGGGCAAUGGGACGCCGGUAUUGGUGAUAGGCAUCGUUGCCUCCAUCCUGUUGGCGGCAGGCCUUCUGCCUCCGUAUGGCGAAAUCUGGAAGAGGAGGGGACGUGUGAUUGGGAUCAACUGGAUAUUCCUCACCAUGGACUGCUGCGGCGCAUUCUUCUCGCUCAUGGCACUCGUCGCUCAAACCACCUUUGAUGUUCUCGGUGGCAUUAUAUACAUAGUCUGCUGCUGUCUGGAGCUAGGGAUCUUCUCUAGCCACAUCAUCUGGCUGUUGCGGACGCGUAAGAUCCGAAAGGAAGCAAAGACACAGGGCAAGACAUUCGACGACGUUGCAGCCGAGCAUGAGCAGCAAGGCAUUCCCUUCAAGUUCGCCGAGAGG